AUGCCUCCGAUCACGGGCAAGGUGUGGGCCCUCAUGGGGAUCUCCGGAGCGGCAAUGUGUAUUGGCGGUCCGGCAUUGAUCUACUACGUCAUGCCCACAGAAGAGCAAUUGUUCCUCCGCUAUAAUCCCGAACUCCAGCGCCGUUCCUUGGAGCGGCGGCAGGAGAAGCAAGAAGAGUUUGACCACUUCGUCAACAAGUUGAAGGAGUACUCCAAGAGUGAUAAGCCGAUUUGGUACGAAAUUGAACAGCAAGCAGCCAGGCAGAAGAAGCAAGCCGUGCAAGCCGAGCUUGACCGGAGGAAGGCGGCGGAGGCGGAGGCGGAGGCGAUGAGGGAGGAGAUUAAGAAGUCGUUGAAGUAG